AUGGAAAGCAGGUCGGGGACUCGCGCGUCCCGGGCCCUUCCGCGAGAGCGGGACCCGGACCGGCGCCCCCGCGAGCGACCGCGGGACAGACCCGACGACCGGCGCCGGGAGCGCAACGGGGAAGCGCGGAGGGACGGGGACCGGCGAGGGGGCCGAGGCCCCCGUCCGGACAGACACAGGGACGCGGGCCAUCGCGCCGCGGGACACGGGGAGCGCGACAAGCCUCGCCAGAGCCGGGAGCGCGACGGAAGCCGGGGCGCAGCCUGGGACGCGGCCCCGCCCCCCUGGCCCGCGCCCUGGGAAACCCCGGAGCCGCCGCCCCACAGGAAGGAGGGCUUGGGGCGCCGCGCCCCGGAAAGUGAAUUCACGUCUGGGAGAUACAUGCCCUCGAACCCCAGGCCUGGGCUGGAGGAGGUGGAAUUUGCCCAGUCAGAGGCCAAAGGACUCCUGGACUGCCACAAAUGCAGAUACCUGUGCACGGGCAGAGGUGUGGUGCACAUAGUGGAGGUGAUACUGAACGCCAUGGUCCUCAUGUGCAUUGUGGCCUCGUACUUCGUCCUGGCCGGAUUCAGUGCCAGCUUCACCACAGGGGGCGGCUUCGGGAGCAACUAUUACUCACCAUUUGAGGGCACAGAGCUGGAGCAGGUGCGGCAGCUGGACCAGCAGUACACAGUCCUCCGGGCACCCCUGAUCUACGGCGGCGUGGCUGUCUCUCUGGGGCUGGGCGUCCUCACCAUGGGCGUUUUACUCCAAGGAGCCAAGAGCCUCAUGAAACUGCCUAGGAGGUGGCUGCUUCUGGAGGCCGCAUCCAGCCUCCUCGCAGCCGUGGGCUACUGCGUGGGCAUCGGCAUUUACCUGCACGCCGCCUUGCAGAUCAACUCCACGGACACUUGCAAGCAAAGGGAGAGGCUGUAUGCCCGCAAGGGUCUCACCUGGAUGAACUGCCAGCUAGCAGGCACCGAUGGAGCGGCGGCCACCUUUGCCUGUCUUCUGGUCAUCAUGUAUGGCAUCAGCGUGGUGCUGGCCCUGCGGAGCUACCGGGAGCAGAGGCGUUGCCAGGACAGGCAAGGACAGCAGAGGUACCACGCCGAUGCCCCGGAGUACCUGUGGUCCGGGACUCUCUGAGGACUCCUCUGGAACCGAAACGUGAGCCUCGCUACCCUUGUUUCUCUGCCAUGAAGACAGGUCCUUUUACAGGCUUGAUUCUAGGAUCGCUGCUGUUGGUACAAAGUGCAAAGUUCAAUGUCUCAUCCUUCUCUUCUCCAAGGAGAUAACAAGGUCCUGGUUGGCGGACUGUGAGAGAGCUUGAACACGCCGCGUCCAUUUACUGCCAAGACCAAGGUCAUGAGUCUGGGGAGCGCCCUAGGGAGGGCUCACGACUGCAGAAGGCAAGCAGGGCAGUAGCUCUCUGACCUGGAAGUUCUGAAGGAUGCGGACAGCACUGCAGGGCCUGGCGGGCCCAGUGGUAACUGUAGAACUAUCCUCCCAAACCUGGCGCCAGGGC